AUGCGGCAGAGAGAGAGGCUACUACAGGAGAGGACUGCGCUUGAGCAACAAGCGGAAGAGCAUAGGCGUGAGGUCCAAGCGCUUAGCCUCGCCCUGAAGAAGUUCCUUCCGGCCAUUCAGAACGCGAAGGCACCUCCAGAUUGGCUGCUGAAGCAGGAGCUCUCAGUGGCUGAGCAGGAGGUGCAGGCCUACCAGCACCAGCAAGAUACAGUUGGCAUGGGCCUUCUUGAUGCUCAGAGAGAGCAGAAGGCAGCCACGCUGGAGUUGGAGCAGUGCCGGCGGCUUCUGUCCAGCACCGCUGAGCAACAGGAGCUGUGCAGCAAGCAGGAACUGAAAUUUCGCGACGCAACUCGAGAACUCGCAGAAGAGGCAGCAGUUGCAAAACGCGAGGAGGCAGCUGCCAGGGAGGAGGCAGCGGCACAGAAGCAAUUGCACGCAGAGCGUUCUGCGGCGCUGCGCAAGCUGCAGGUUGCAAAGGCCGAGCAGCUUCGCCAACUUCGGGAGCUCGAGGCUGCCGUGGUUCGAUCCCGAGGGGAUCUGUCGGUGGAGAAGGCUGCUCGCAAGGCGUUGAGUGCAGAUCUUGAAGUCCGAUGUGGACGUUUGCGCGCCGAGUUGGAGGAACACGCAGCGCUUCGCUUCGAAGCAACGGCCGAGCGUGCCGUCCAGGAGGCUGAGAAUGCCCAGCUGGAGGCCAGCGCUGCACGUUUUGCACUGCAGCUUCAAGCUGAUGAGGAAGCAAGGGCACAGAUGGAAGCCAAGCUGCUGUCCAGCAUGCAGCUUGCCGAGCGCCAGCAGUAUGAGCUGCAGGCGCAGGAGCUGCUGGGUCAGAAUUUGGCCGCAGAAGUGGCCGAGGGACGACGCAUGGAGCAGGCACUGCAAGCGGAGUUGGCCCGUGAGCGAAUUUUAGCAAAUGAGGCAAGCGGUGAGGUUGCGGCCCUCUUCGAGCAACGGCAGCGCAAGGCACUUGAGGCUGAGGAGGCUUUGCAUCAGUGCGAUGCCGCAUUGCUGGCUAGCCAGGGAGCCGAAGAGGAGUUGCGGCAGCGAGAAAAGCAGCUUGAACAGUCUGCCAGGUCGUCUGAGCUGAUGCACAAGACCUUGAUGCAGCGACUGUCGACCGUUCAUGACCAGGUUCGAGCUGCCGAAGACGCCCACGCUGCUGCCCUCGAAGAGUUGCGUGGCGAGCGCCGGGAGCAAUCCAGGUUGAACCAGCGACUCCUGGUCGAAACCUCGAAGCAGCGGGCACUGCUGCUGCCAGGAGCACGUCACAUGCUCACCGAUACGCCCGGAGGGAAAGUUGACCUUGCGUCUAAAGGAUGUCUAAAAGACACGCUCGCCUCCGCAGUAGCAAGCUGCAUUCUGACUAGUGCUUGCAACCACGAAGCCAACCACGCAAACGGCACAGGCGUGAAUUGGUGCUCCGGAAGGUUCCAGAGUGUAGAGCUAUGCACAGCGACUGCAGGCCAUCUGCAGAAGAUUGGGGCCCUUGUUGCUAUGGCCAUUACCAGUGCCUUUGCGGCCUUUGCAUGUGCUGAAGAGAGACUCGGACGUGAGCUCAACGAGGCGGCCGUGCCAGUGGCGACAUUGCGCGGAAUCGACCUGGCUUCAAGCGACGCUUCUUGUGCCGCUGACCGAGACCCUCUGGCUGUGACAUCCAGGAGCUCACCAGCUGUGCCGAGGUCGACGAUCGCAAAUGAGCUCGGUGUUGCCACGAAGGACGUCGAGACUCUGAAUUGCCGGCUGAGUUCCUCGGACAAGCUCUUUGCCAACAUGACGAGGAGCCUGGACCUGGUGAGCAACCGCCUGCAGCAAGAUUACCUGCUCAGUCUGCGCGCCGGUCUGCAACACCUCGGCGAGUCCUUGGAAUCCAUGGUCUCGCAGGACAGCACCUGCUGGCAGCAGGAUUCUGUCAGAACAGCCUUCAACGCGGCCGUGAGUCAGCUGAACCGGCUAGUCAAUGCUGGGCGAGUGAACUCUGGCUACUGCCCAUUUACUGGCAAGCAGCAGACUACGAUUGGUGGCUCUGAGGUUGGAAGCCUGCUAAGAAAGCUGGCAAAGAUUAGACCUGUUGCCAUACAACACGGUGGGCGGGAGACCAAAAAGCUUGGCCGGGCGAUUGGCAAGCUCCUGCGAGAGGUGCGAGAAUCAGGCAACGACCCAGAUCCAGCCGGAGCAAUCCCAGUCAAUUGGGAGAUGAGGACGGCGAUGUUCGGGGCCCGUGUGGAGCUGUGA